AUGGCCAUGGAUCAACAGCGAUUCGUUGAUGUCAAGAGCGGCCAAUCCUGGAGCUCCGAUUCUGUCCUGAAGGAUGGCCAGCGCGUCUGCCUCACCAGCGUUUCCCUCGUCGACCCGGCGAGUGCCGCCGGCCAAGGCGUCGUGGUCGCCCGCGUCAAGAGCAACGCCUUGAACCUCGCGAUCGGACACCUGUCGGCGUCGAGUGCCGCCUGGGAGCUGCUGCCGGAGCUGGUGAUGGACGGAGAGUUCUUCUUGUACGUGAACCAGCUGGAGGACGGGGACUCAGCCGCCGUCGACGUCCGCUUCGAUUUCUUCGUUCUUCCCCCGCCGGUGCCGGAGACUCUGGACCAGCAGUUGUCCCGCCGGCCCUGGUCCAUGGAUCUCGCGAUCGGACUCACGCACAGGGUCUUCAUGAAGGGCCGCGACCGCGUCUGCCUCACCCGCGUCUCCCUCGUCGAUCCGGGGAGCGCUGCCCGUCAGGGCGUCGUCGGCGCCUGCGUCCACACCGUCACCCUAGACCGAGCGCUUGCGCAGCUGUCGGCGGAGAGGCCCAGCGUGGAUCUGCGGCCCGGGAUGGUGUUGGAAAAGGAGGUUUACUUCUACUUGGUGCGGCUUGGGUGCCUCCCCGCCGCCGGCGAGGUCGUCGUCCGGUUCGAGGGUUACGUUCUUCCUAUGUCCCUUCCGGAGACGACGGAGGAGGAGUUUGAGGACGAUACCGGCGAGGAGGUGGAGGUGGAGGGGGGCGAUGGAUACGAAGAGCCGGUGAACUCCGACUCCGAGUACGACAUUGAAGGCAGCGAAGAGGAAGAAGAGGAGGACGACGGGAGCAUGGCCGGCAUCAUGCGGGUGGGCGCCGUGGAGAGCCAAGACGAGGAAAAUGACAAGAAGAUCUUGGUGCGCUACCGCUACACCCGCUUCCGGACGGCCUGGGAUGGCGCCUUGGAAGAGCGCGGGCGCACGAAGGAGAGCCAGCUCCGAUUCAUCGUUCCGCACACCGGCGACAUGGCAAGGUCGCUGCCGUGGGCCGGCGCUUCGCUUGCCUAUUUGGUAUACCCCGGAAGCCACCUCCGGAAGCAGCUCCAGGAGUUAUGGUCGAGCCUGAUCGCCGAGCUGAGCAUCCCGCCGCGUGCCACGCGCGUCGAGAUGUUCGUCGACGUCGGCAUCCUUCGGCAGGAGGACUGCACGUCGGAUAGUAUGCAGCGGAUGUGCGCCACGCUGGAGAGCAUGGUGGCGCACUCGUUGCCCGAGUGGCACAUCGGCAUGGAGCUGCGCAUGCCGGAGCCGGUGCGGUGCCACCAUGAUGAAGAUGAAGCCGCCAACGACGACACGGACGGCGACGAACGACCUGCGAAGCGAAGGAGGGUAGUCGACGGGGAAGAGGAUUGCCCCGUCUGUUUGCAGCUGCUGGAGGGUGACGACCUCGCCGCGUGGCCAGGGUGCGGCAAGCCGCACGUCUUCCAUGGCAGGUGCUUGGAGCUGGUUCUCAGGGAGAGCGACAUGUGUCCGAUCUGCAGGCGCUUGCUGUACAUCGAGCCCGAGCCGAUAGACGAAUAUGAGUAA